AUGCCGUUUCCGUUCGUUCUGCCGACUACGUCGAGUAUAUCCUUUAUCGAAUACUAUAACAGCAGUACACACCCGUCACUACCAAACUGCGCGACAACUGCACGAGGCGUCCUUCGCGACGUGCUCAAGCGACACAAGCGUAUACCGCCUUCGUCACAAGCAUCCAAUCUUUCGACGGUGAUAUCCGCACUCAACGGCUACCUGCCAUAUCUGUUUGCAUUGGAUGCGGGCCUGAGCGGUGCAAGCUGCGCAGGAGAGGAGAUUGACCUGGUCUUGGUCAAAGAGCUGGAGGUGGAAUGGCGCUCGACACUGGGAACGUCAAUACCAGGGCGUGAGCCUGCGCGUGUCAAGGUCAAGAGUCUAGAUAGCGAGCUAUGCUUUACUUUGUCGACGCUGGCCUAUGUCUACAGUCUCCAGGCUCGAGCACAACUACACACACUCUACAAUGCAACCCUGCCGUCACCCGAGCAACGAGCAACGGCAAUCAGCACUGCCAUGAAGCAUUUUCUGGAAGCAAACUCGAUACACACAUAUCUGUAUAAUCGCUCGGGGCAAUGCAAUUCGCAGCCUGCAGCGGUUGACAUUUCGACGGGGGUGCUGGGGGCGCUUGCGGAGCUCACCAUGGCCGAAGCCACGCUCAUCACGGUGCUGAAAGAUGACCCUUACCCAGCUGUGGUUGUAGAAGACAGGAACAAGCAGAGCAAGGACUGGAUGUUUCGAGGCGUCGAGAUACCCAAAGUCCGCGCGCACCUGUUUGCCCGUCUGUGUCUCGCGUCUGCUGAGCACGCUGCAAAAGCGCAAGCCAUGUUUGGGCGGUCCCCGAAGAUCAGCGACGAUUUACUCAAGUACGUGGAUGACCUGCGGCGGACGGCAAAGGGCAAGGCCUGCCGUUUUCUUGCUUGCGAUGCCGAGGCUGGUGGCAAGACGGGAGAAGGCAUUGCGUGGCUACGAGGGGCCAAGAAGGAGCUGGGUUUCACGGCAUUAGGGGCUGAGGAGGACAAGAAGAGUUCUGGGUUUUCCAAGCUGAAGAAAGAGUGGCAAGAGAAGCGAGAGGACCGCAAGAUUGAAAAGGGCGGAGACUGGGGCACUGAUGCAGGCAAAUUCGAAGAGGGGCGCAUAGUGGAUAUGCUGCUGAAAAAGUGGGAGAAGCAAAACGACACUGUGGGCGUCCAACUCAUUCCGCCAUCGGAGCCACUGCUUGCAAGCAUGCCGUCUGGGCGAGAGUACCACACAACAAAGAUGUUUGUUGUACCGGCACUGGAGGAGGUGGCGCUGGUCCGCAUGAGGGCGCCGCCAGACCCAAGUGAAGUGUUUGAGGGCAACGAAGAGGACAGCGCCGACGAAGAGGAGCGGAAUGCUCCCGCUGGAGCGUUUCCUGGCACGAAGACAGACUAUGCCCCGAACACGGGCUACUACUGA